AUGGCUCCAGAGAAGAAGGCCACGAAGCGCAAAGCGCCCGCGACGACCACUGCUGCUCCUGCGGUGAACGAACAUCCACCAUCGAAAAAGUCCAAGAAGACUCAGGAAAAACCUGCAAAGCCAGAGGUGGCUACAGUGAAGGCUUCCAGCACUAAGUCUAAGAAAGAAAAGGGCAUUGUCAAUGGUGCCAAAUCCGAGAAACUGUCUGUCAAAGUCGACAAGAAGCCCACGAAGGAAUUGAAGCCCCGCAAACGUGCCGCAGACUUCCUGAGCGAUGAUGAUGAUGAAGGAGAAGAGCCAAAGCAGGAGAUAGCUCCUAAACCUAAGGCUGAAAAGAAGGAAACGCAACCAAAGAAGAAAGCCAAAUCCGAAAAGCCUGGCGUCAGUGCCGAGUCAAAGGAAAAGAUAAAGAAGGCCAAAUCCAAAGCCAAGGAGGUCGAGGAGGAGCCUGAAGAAGCUCCUGAGCUUGUAGAAGAGCAGUUUCCUCCCAAUUCUGAUGCUGACUCGGACGAGGAGGCCGAAGAUGACCAAACCAUUGCAUUGAUUCGAGGGUUUGAGAGCAGCGGGGAUGAGGAUCCCUCGGAAGACGAAGGCUUUGAGCCAGGUCAAGAGGUUCCAAGGAUUCCUGACUCUAAGAAGGCCAUGAAGGCUAUUCGAAAGAAGAAGAAAGAGAGCUCUGCACCAGAGGUGCCUGGCACUGUAUAUGUCGGGCGAAUCCCACACGGUUUCUACGAAGAUGAGAUGCGCGCAUAUUUCUCCCAGUUUGGAGACAUCUCACGUCUACGCCUCUCGCGCAACCGUACUACCGGCAAAUCGAAACACUAUGCGUUCAUUGAAUUCACAUCCUCCUCUGUCGCCAAAGUUGUUGCUGCUACUAUGCAAAACUACCUUAUGUUUGGCCACAUCUUGAAAUGCAUGUACAUACCCCAGGACAAAGUUCAUGCGGAUAUGUGGAAGGGAGCCAACCGUCGCUUCAAGAAGACGCCGUGGAACCAAAUUGAAAAGCGCCGACUUGAUGCCGGAAAGUCACGCGAAAAAUGGUCAAAGGCUAUAUCUAAAGAGAGCUCGAAACGAGCUAAGAAGGCCGAAAAGAUGAAAGCUCUAGGCUACGAGUAUGAGAUUCCAAAGUUGAAGUCUGUGAAGGAGGUCCCUGUUGCUCUAGCAGUGCAGGACCAGAUUGAGGAGGGCACGUCUGCUCCCGUUGCUGCGAUUGAGGACAAGAAAGAGGAGACUCCCAAAAAGAAAGAGACAAAGAGCAAAGAUGAAGUUGAAGCUAAACCUGUGACGAAUGGAAAGGCGAUAAAGGAGAAAAAGGCCGAAGCUGGGAACAUCGAAGCCGAAAAGAAGUCCACUGAGAAGAGAGAGUCAAAGAAAUCUAAGAAGGCCGAAGAAAAGCCAAAGAAGGUGAAGAAGGCAAAGGCAUAA